UUUGAGAUAUUAAUCUGUCUUAUUCCCCACGACAAGAGAUGAGAGGGUUGUCCACUUAAGAAACCCAGCAUAAUUAAACAAUAUGUUUUCUUAUUAUACAAAGUGUAAAAAUAUAUUAUAACAUGCAUAAUAUAGAACCUUCACGGAGUGCUCUUGGGCGGAGGUAUGGGCGGAGCUUACGGCGGUGUGCCCAGGGAUGGCAAGGGUAGAGCCGGAGAAGGUCGGUAACGGCAGGGGGAUAGUCGGUUACGGCCUAGAGAGGGGCGUCCUCGUCCUGGUGAUGGUGACGAAAGCCUUAGAGUUGGUCGCUAUCAUCUGGAAGUGAAAACAAUCAGACCUCAAGAUAGACUGAUGAGGUGGGUUCGUCGUCAAGAAGGUGCUAGGGAAGGAAGUGGAGGUUAUGUUAGACCAAAUGUCUCGUAUGUUGAGGCAGCGAGCUCGGGCUCGUCCCCGGAGAAUGGUGGUCGUUUGGAUCAACCGGUGGUUUCUACCAAGCUUGUAGAGGAAACAGAGAAGUGGGAGACGUUGCCAAUAAGGGGAAAGAAGGAAGCUCGUAAACCGGAAAACAUCAUGAUGCCAAACCAUCUUUCUCUGACUGGGAGAAAGAGAUCCAGGGGCUCACCGGUGUUGGAGAAGAAAUGCUUGAAGUGUCUCCGCCAUACUCACCGAACUGAGGAGUGUCGUUAUCUCCUUACUUGUAGGAGAUGUGAAGGUGCGGGGCACUUGGCGGCUUCCUGUCCAAUGCCACGACUUGAACUCCAUCGUAGAAGAAAAACACGUUCAAGGACGACAGAGCAGCCAACCCAGGUGACGGAAGAAAGGCAAGGAAACCAAGAUGGGGGGCAGAUUCGACGUUCUGUCAUCUCUGCCUCAAUAACACCAGCGGUGCUGAAGCUAAGGGAUGAGCUUGAAAAACUCCUGGUUGUCUCCAUUAACAGAGGAUACAUCUCCCAAAGUGCCCGUGCCCUCCAAGAGGAAUUGGAGAUCAUGUUCGGUGCAGAUAAGGUGGGUUCUCUAUCUUGUUUCAGAGGGGAUGAAUACGUAGUUACAAUGGCAUCAGAGAUUGAGGUGGAGAAGGCUUGCAACAUGAGAGAGGUUGAGAUCUCAUCAAGGUGUGGAAGUUGUUAGGUGGGUUUCACACAAUGGUCUGGGGAUUUUGGUUCCAUUGGUGCAGCUAGAGAUACAGGAAGGUGGGUGAAUCUUUGGAACUUACCACUACAUUGCUGGAGUUGGAGAUUGUUGCCGAUGUCCUCCGGCCCGUUGGAGAGUUGGUAGCUAUCUCCAAAAGUGAGCAGACGAACAAAAGGUAUCUUGGUGCUCUUGUUCGGCUAAGGAUGAAAGUUGUGAUGCCGCACGAGGUUGAACUCAACAUAGGUAUGAGAAGGUAUGUUGUGUUGUUAACCGAUGGUAAGGAGCCAUAGCCAGUCUUUCGAAGAGAUUUACAGAGUUUUGUGGUGACUAAACAAGGUCCGGCGAUGAGCAUGGUGGAGGCUAAUAACUCCCGUGCUCGGAACUCGACCUUCACGCAUGAGGUUCCCCCCUCCGUCAAAGGUAAGGAGGUGCAGGAAGAGCCAUCCGAUAGAGGGAAAUCUCGAGGUGUGGUGAUGUCUACAUGCCAUGCUGCGCAAGAUCGCCGGGAAGUAAAGGCACCAGAAAUCACUUUAGUGGUAGAGGCUAAUAACUCCCACAAAACACCCCGAACAGCCGAGCAAGUCUCGCCGGCGAUAGUUCCGGUUGUUUUACAAGGUAAGCUCACUAAAGUGGUAGAGGCUAAUAACUUCCACAAAACACCGAGAACAUCCGAGCAAGUCUCACCGGCGACAGUUCCGUUGUGUCACAAAGUAAGCUUACGGGUUGUCCAAUGGUUGCUAGCCGACGGACCAUUGGUUCAUGCAAUGACGAGACAAGAGUCCAAGACGAGGGUAUGGCAGGUGUUGUCGAUCAGGCAUUGGAAGGACAGACUGCACAAACCAUGCAGGCAAAUCAAGAGGCGCCACAUGUUACUACUAUUAAUUCUAUAGGCAAUGCUACAAACUCGUUGUUGCAUGAUUCUCUUCCCACUUUGGUUGAAGAUACGGGGGCCCACUUGGAUGGCAUGAAUGGAAAGUUGUCUCAUUUGGUGGAGAAUGAGAAACUAGUGGCCGUUUCUCUUGAUAAGAAAGAAAAUUUAAAUGAAGUGGGCCCCACAGCCCAAUCAAUUAAUGUGCUUUGUGAGAUGGCUAAAGGAAGGGAUGAGAUGAUUUCCAUAGCCCAAAUUUCAAAAGCCCAUGAUAGUGAUCCAAGACUAUUUUGUUCUAAGCCCAGUCACAUGAUUGAUGGCCCAGUAUUAAUCUCACCAACUCAUGUGUUGGAUGAGGAAAUUGUAAUUUCACCGGAGGCUUGUUUUGAUGCCACUAAACCUCCCUUGCCAGGACCUUUAAUCUCAGGAUACUCUUGGCAUUUUUCAUGUGGGGCAUGGUGCUUGAUUCCGAAAAAUCAUUCCUUGCAUUCGGACAAUAAUCACCAUAUUGGAGAUACAUCGGAUAAUUGGGAAGACGAGGAGGUUGGCGACAAAAAUUUAGAGGAAGUAUUGGGAGGAGAUGAUUUUGUUCCAAACUCUCAAUUAAACCUAGAUUUUCCAAGCUCUGAUAAAGAUGGGUCAGAUGAUUCCAGUUCAGAUUUCGAGGAAAAAAUUAGGAGGAUGUUCCUAGACUCUAAUAGUGGGAAGACAACCACUGAACACACAAAACAUGGAAAGACUCCAAGUGAAGGCAAGAGAAGAAGCGAAAGACAAAAGAAGCCGUCUUCAAGAUGGACCGAGGAAGCAGGGUACCUAGCACAGCCUCCCAAAUCAGCAAGGAAAAAAGGAACAGGGUCAAACACCCUUUCUCCUGAAGUACCAGAUAAAAAGAAGCCAAGAUUGGAGGAUUCAGCUGUGUCUGCUAAACGCAGCCUGGACUUCCUGAAUGACCAGCCAGGAUCCAGCGAAGAAGACAAACCUGAGUAGUCAGUGAUUUUUUGACCCUAACCUUUGGGUGGGUUAGGGGUCUUG